AUGUUAAAUCUUCAAAUAGAUUUUUCAGACAUGAAAAAUGCAUAUCUAUUUUUAUCAGUUUCAGCUUACCAAAAAUCACAAUUAUUUAAAUAUGCUUGGAAUAUACUGAAAUCUGAUCAUAUUUUAAUAAAUUAUUUUAAUAAUUUUGUUCCUUUUGCAGUUUGGAUCGCUUUAGAAGUAUUCAAAUCAAUUCCAAUCUCAGGUAAAAGAUGCAGUUCCAGUAGAAUACGAUUUACAAAUAUUCCUAAAUAUUUGAGUAUUUCAGACUUUAGAGAAAAUAUAUCAGAAGAGGAAAAGCUAGAAUGUGUCAUUGCUGAUGAAUUGAUAAAGCAAAAUCUCAUUAAGAUAUUCUAUCGAUCAAGCAAUAGUCAGAUUGAAAAUCUACUUUAA